AAUUCGUCGGUGGCAAACCAUGGCAUCCUUACGAGCUACCAGGAGCUGGUGGAAGACCGCUUCAGGAAACCUCACGCUUUUGCCGUUCCCGGCCAGUCAUACCAGUCUCAGUCGCGCCACCAUGACACUCACUUUGGUCGCGUGACUCCUGUUUCGCCUGUGCAGCACCAGGCGGCCCCUGCCAGUAGCGCCACCAAGCAAGAGGGCUUCGCUGUUCCUGCUCCUUUGGACAACAAAGGAACUGGUUCCUCUCUCAACAACAGCCUGAGAUGCCGGAGCGUGAGCCCUGCUGUCCAUCGCCAGCGCAAUCUCAGUGGAAGCACCGUUUACCCCGUUUCAAAUAUACCACGCUCUAACCUGACACCUUUUGGGAGCCCAGUGACUCCUGAAGUUCACAACGUAUUUGCGAAUAUCCAUGCAGACACCAGUGCCAAUAACAUAGCACAGAGAAGCCAGUCGGUCCCCUUGACUGUGAUGAUGCAGACGGCCUUCCCGUCUCUUCAGAAACAAACAAACACUAAAAAAAUAACCAAUGUGUUGUUAAACAAACUUGAUUCUGAUAGCGAUGAUGCAGUGAGAGGGUUGGGAAUGAACAACAUGCCCUCAAAUUACACAGCCAGGAUGAAUCUCACUCAGAUUUUAGAGACAUCCGCUGCUUUUCCUAGUGCCAACACGCAAAAUAUGAUCAAUUCCAGCACUUCGGUUUAUGAAUUCCAAACACCAAAUUACCUCACAAAAAACAGCAGCACCGAUCAGAUCAGUUUUUCUUCUGGAGAUAACCAAGCACAAUCAGACAUCGGAGAGCAGCAGUUAGAUUUUAGCAGCACUGUAAAAGACCUUUUAGGGGAGGACAGUCUGCCAACAAACCAGCAGCUGGUGAAUCAGGUGGCAUCAGAUCUCAAUAACGUUGCAUCUGUCUUUUCCAGCGACAUCAGGUUGUCUUCCGAGCUCUCAGGCAGCAUUAACGAUCUGAACACUUUAGACACAAAUCUACUGUUUGAUCCAGGUCGUCAGCAGGGACAAGACGAUGAUGCUACACUGGAGGAAUUAAAAAAUGACCCUUUGUUUCAACAAAUCUGCAAUGAAUCCAUUAACUCAAUGACUACAUCAGGUUUUGAGUGGAUGGAGAGUAAGGAUCAUCCUGCUGUUGAAAUGCUGGGUUAACCUUGUUUUAUAAAAUGUAUGUAGCACACUGUAUCUAAAGGACAGACGUAUUGUAUUUGUCUUAAUGGAAGUGCCUCCCGCAGCAGAAACACUUGCUCUAUAUUGUGGCAUUUUUAAAAGUUUGCUGUACCUGUUGCUCAUUCUUCAGCAGGGAGAAGGCAGUCUUACCAAUUUUAAACAAAUCUCUGAAGGUGAUGGGCUGUCAAAGAGCCAGUAUUAAAAUUUGAAUUUUACAGUGUUUCCCAUUCAACAUUUCGUAUUGUAGCAAAUAAAGACGUGGUUAAGAGCCAGCCACCGGGGACAGCUAUGGUCGAAGCUUUGGGAGGGUUUUAAGUCGAGCUCGUUAGUUGGCUUUCUGUGCUCCGUCCAGCUUGUUAUGUUUGAGGGGGUGAGGAUCCUCGCUGACCUUGGCAUUCAGGUCUGAGAUGCAGGACGCCCGCAGAUGG